AUGGCGGCCGCCGUUCGGGCCGGCGCCGUCCACAUGGAGCGCCCGCGCUUCACGAUGUAUCACAACAAUUUGCACACGCUCGAUUGGCGGGACCCGGAAGAGCGUCAACGGGACGCCGAGAAGGCCAAAAAUAAGGGAAAAGGCUACGGGGUGAGCGUAACGUCAGCGGAGGCGGCCCGGAACCGCUUCCGCCAGCGCACAAAGAUGCUCGACGUCAAAUUGACGCUAUGCGACUGGACGGUAUUUCUCUCACUCUCCGGCCUUGCGCUAGCCAUCGUUGACGUGGAGCUGUGCGCGUUUAAUGCCGAUAUUGCGAGUGCUACGCUCGAUCAUGCUUCUACCAUCCUGCGCUUCGUGAUAAUUGGGUUGACGUUGUUGUUGCAGCUGGUGCUUCUUGGCUACCAUCUGACAGAUAUCCGGGUGUACUUAAUCGAGACGAAUAGUGAAUGUUGGAGGGUUGGGGUGACGAGUGAACGGUUAUUUCAAGUAUUACUAGAAGUGGCUGCGUGCUCGAUUUGCCCGAUUCCAGCCCGUUUCCUGUGGAAAGAACGCGUCCGAUGGCCAUUUCUCUCGGCCUCCCCAAUGUCGGCCCAUGGUACCAUCCAUAUCCCGACACAUGUCCUCCUUACACUACCUAUGUUUCUCCGUCUCUACCUCGUCGCUCGGUAUAUGGUGCUCCACAGCAGAUAUUAUCAGGACUGCGCUACUCGGACAAUAGCCUCCCUAAACCGUGUAGCAGUCGACUUCCGCUUUGUCGUCCGUUCCGAGCUCUACCAACGGCCGCUGCUCUCAAUUUUUGUAUUUACCAUCUGCUUCUGGACGGUGAUGGCGUGGAUGGUCACCCAGUGCGAGCGAUAUGCAUAUCCAAACCUGCCGGGAUAUCAACAUUUACUCGAUUUUAUAUGGUUUGAGAUUAUUACGUUUUUCUCGAUUGGUUAUGGUGAUAUUAAAGUACAUACAUACUGUGGAAGAGCUCUGGCUAUGCUGACAGCGUUAGUGGGUACUGUAUUUUCCUCAAUUCUAAUCGCACUCAUGGCACGGAGGAUGGCUCUUUCGAGCAGCGAAAAGCGAGUGAAUCAUCUGAUAGCUGAGAGUCAGCUGAAUAUCACCCAUAAGAACUGUGCAGCGCGCGUGCUACAAAAUACUUGGCGUACCGUACUCCGCAGAAGGGAUGCUGAACGGGAGGCUGCACCUUCGAAAUCAAUGUUGAAGCUAAGAGCGGCGCAGCGAGCUCUGUUAAGAGCCGUUAUUGAAUUCCGGAGGUCACGUUGGAGACUAAGAAUGCAAAUGGAAGAUGAGGACGAUUAUUUUGUGGCCAGACGGGCAUUCAUGGAGACCGAGGAGCGCCUUUCGCGCGUCCGGAAGCGACAAGCCGAGUUGAACAUCCAAAUCGGGGGCCUAUACCAACACGUCCAAAGCCUCACCCAUCUCAUCCAUCUACGCAGUGGC